AUGUUUGGUCUAAAAUGGACUGUUUUGGUGCUUUCUGUUGGUAAGUUUGAUAUUACUGUAAAUCUCCUGUAAUCAAGCUUCUUUAUAACCAAAACCGCUUAUAUUAGUUUGAACCAAAAAAAGCGGGCCAUCUUUCAUUUGUUCUUCAACUAAAAACUGUCCCGCUACUUUUAGUUCAACCUAGUAACAAAAAGAUUCAAAAUUCUAGAGCAACUUGUCAUACAGAAGUUCUACAGUACAUAUUUAUUACUUUCAGUGUGGGCCCUAAUAUCAUCAACCACAGCAAAUCCGUUUCUGAUGAGCCGUCUUCCAUCAGCGUCAAACAGAAUGGUCUAUGCCCUACGGGUAAGCUUUGACGACAACAUUUUUCUAUAUGUUCAACAUUAGACCUGUUUAAUGACUUUAUGCCUAAAAAUUUUUAAUUUAUUUUUUGAAUCUUUAUUUUAGACGGGAGAAUACGAAAAAAGAGGAGCUCCUAACAACAACGAGCAGUUCUACAAACGUGGAUUGGAUUACGAGGAUGACGUAGGUUUUUACUAGUGUUAGCAGUUGCACCAACUGUGCUUUAGGGUUUUACAACAAGACUUACUAUUAUAUAGGAUGAAACAGCAUACGAAGUUACCUAGAAAAUUAUUUCAAAAACUGCAAAAUGAUUUAUGCUUGCGAGUUACAUUUGUAUUCUUAUAUGUAGGUAUAGCUUUAAAAUUCGAAAAAUAUUAUUUUUUAAAACACAUUUUUUCUUAAAAGUAAUUAAAAGCAAAAAGCGGGACUAAAAAUGUUUUUUAUUCUACAUAUUGUUUUGGCUUACUAAACUGUCUUGUUAUAAUGCCAAAACGCUAUUAUACAUGUUUCAAGCGAUUCGUUUUGCUUAAGACGAAUAAGAAGCGUUUAAUAGCACAUGUAAAUUCUUUGGCCGCUAAUAUUUUGCUUGCCAUGAACAUUUAGAGGUUUUUUAAAUUGAUUUUCUUAGUGAGUUUUUAUGCUUUUUCAUUUAAUAUAAGUCUCGUUCUAAACUCCUAUGGAUAUUUUGUGCAACUCGCUUGUUAGGCUUAACAUUUGCCUUUUAUUAAAUUUUUCGAUUUUUAAAAUUUCAAAAUAAAAAAAAAUUUUUUCAAAUUUAAAUUUUCAGAGCCUACUACGCUUCGGAAAGUAA